CGUACGAAUUAGGGCCAGAAUGAUGUAUCGCCUUACUCAAGGAGCGAAAUACUCGCCCGAACAGCCAAUGUUUUCCUCCUUUCGAAGGUAGGCAACGAGCAGUUAUUCACAGACCAACGUGAGCGAAGAAUAGUUGUAAUAUACAGUGACCUUUACGCUAUAAGAAAACUUCAGAAUCAAAUCAUAAGUCAUCUCGAAUUCUAGGAAUUGGUCACUUCAACCAGUCAUUUCAAGAAGCGGGAGUACUGGGUAUACAUCCAUAUCGAACAAGAAUCGAUAUGAUAUCGGCGAUCGUCAGUAAUGAUCCCUACGAUGUCCGGGGCUAGUGAAGGCACAGCAAUCCAUCUUACAUAAUCAUAUCCCCUUUUCAAUUAUCUCCGAGUAGACACUUAUAUACCCUGGUAUCCAGCGUCGUAAGCUAUAAUGCUUUAUUCUUGAUUGGUAUUGUUUCUAUACCAGGACCCACAAGACAGGGCGUAUACUUAAUCAACACAAGCUGGCAGUGUUUGGGUGAGAAGGCGGCCGAGCUCACAGAAGCAAUACACUGUAAUACAUUGACUACACAGAUCAGAAGCAUGUCUAUGAGUCAGCUGCAACUACUGAUUGAGCACCAUGCCCUGGAAUUGUUAUCCGCCUCCAUUAUUAUAAUUGCAAUAACGCUCAUCACCUCAUCGCGCAGAGGGCCUCCAAGCAUCUGGGAUCCGAUCCCGUUCGUCUUCAACACUAUUCAAUUCAUAAGAAAUAACGAAAAGUUCAUGAAACGAGCAGAAAACGCUCUCAAGGAUAAUACAGUUGUGAAAUUCCAUCUGGGACCAACGCCAGCCUACUUGGUUGCUCGCCCAAAAAACAUCCAAGCUAUAUUCAGAAACUCGCAAUUCAUUCAUAAUGAAGGAUCCAUGGUCUCUAUCACGCUACCUGUACUAUAUAGGAUGACCAAGGAAGAGAUCAAACGCUUUGCUGCGGAUAAGUCAGGACGAGGGAAGAACCCGUUCCCUGGUACGGAAAAUACGCCUAAGAACGAACGGUACUUCUACGGAUUCGAACAUGUUCAUACCGAGUAUUUGGGACGCACACAGUAUCUCACCCCGCUCGUUGAGCACUUUCAGGAUCAGUUAUCCCGCGCCCUAGAAGGAUAUUCUAGUCAGGAAUGGACCACAGUUAGUAUUAUGGAUUUCUGUAAACAAGACGUUACGAAAUGUGCCGUGCAUACCCUUCUCGGACCAAAGGUUCUCGAACUGAACCCGGGCUUCUUGGACAGCCUCUGGGACUUCGACGACGUCCUUUUCCAGCUAGCGAUGGGCUUCCCUAAAUGGAUAAAUUCAAGGCCAUAUGAAGUGCAAGAUCAGUACCUCGCUGCUGUUCAGAAGUAUCUUGACUCAGCAUGGACGAACUUCGACUGGGACGGGCCUUCUGCUACAUCUUAUUGGGAACCACACUUCGGUGCCCAGGUCUCCCGCGAGCUAGUUAUGUGGCUCAAGGAGAGUGGUUUCAAUGGGCCUAACACGGGUGCAGGUGCCAUAGCGACUCUAGUAUGGGCGCAAAAUUCCAACACAACUCCAUCAAUCAUGUGGACUCUUAUGGAAAUCAUCAAAGAUCCAUCCCUACUCCAAGCAGUGCGCGAAGAGGUCGUCACAGCUUACGUUACGUCUCCAGAAACAGGGCUGCGGUCACUUGACGCCCAAAAGCUAGUAACGCUACCGCUACUCACCUCGAUAUAUACCGAAACUCUGCGAAUGCGCGUCAAUUUCAAUCUUAUACGUCAUGUAAGUAAGCCUGUCGUUAUGGACGGUUACACAAUCCCGACUGGUGCUGCCAUACAAGCACCUAUGACAGUAGCCCACUACGACGAAUCCAUCUGGGGAGCGGACCAACACCCUGCCUCGGAAUUCUGGGCAGAGCGCCAUGUUAAAUAUACAGAAGAUGGGAGGCGUGUCUUUGCGUUGGCUGGAAGUUCAGGUUCAUAUUUCCCAUAUGGCGGCGGAAACACAAUUUGCCCAGGUCGUCAUUUCGCGAAGCACGAAGUUAUGGCCACUGUUGCCCUUAUAAUAUCUAACUUCGAUAUUGAAUUUUUGGAAUGGACUCAACUUGACGGGUCCCCGUCUGAUCGCCUGCCCCGGAAUGAUCCACGGUAUUGUGGAGCGGGGGCUAUGCCUCCUGAUCGGGAUAUGAGGAUUAGAUGGAAGAGGAUUACUUAGGCCAUACUUAGGCCAUAAUUCAAUGUGACUGCUUGUUAGGUGACUACUUGGUCGACUGCGUUCGGGUAUCGUGUGGUCGGCGAUAGUGGGGCAGGGUACUAAUCCUACACUGUUCGGAAUGGGUGCCGCCUAAGCAGCUUAGCGUUAUGUUCUCUAAGGCGAUUCGCUAGCAAAGGGGAGAAUGGAAGAUACUCGUUCUUAUUUGAAUUGAAUGCGGCUUAGGAGAUUUCAAGGACUUGGCGUUGGAAAUUUCUACCUAGAGUAGACAUUUUCAGGGGUGAAGGAUGACUAAUGUGAAAAAAAUAGGGGCUAGAUGUACCUAAGUACCUAGUUCGAUUAUUCGCGAACCUUAGGUUUUAUAAUCUCACAAUCCUAACUAUUCCUCAGGUUUUCCAGAGUAUUUGGAUACGAGAUACUUAAGAAAG